AUGGAGCUGUUGGACCUUCUGCUCAUGGAGAAAGAUCUCGAGAAGAAGGCCUUCAUUUUCCCGGCAGGUAACAAGAAGGCCGUCGUGCGGGUGGACGUCUCCCUCCCAGGGCAUCCCUUGACCAACAUCACCGUGUGCCUGAGGUUUAAACCCUUCCAAGCCCGCCCCGCUAUCCUCUUCUCUUACUACGCCAAGAACAAAGGCAAGGCUUUCCAGAUCAAGUACCACCCUGACCACUUCAACCUUCUAAUAGGUGGGAUGAUGCAAAUGAUUGCGCAUCGGAACGCGUCACCUUCGGAGUGGCAGCACAUCUGCGUGGCCUGGAACUCCACCACUGGAUUGGUCCACUGUUGGCACAACGGCGAGCUUCUCCCGCGCUUCGUGAUGAGAAAGGGUUACAAGAUGAGCCCAAAUGGGACCAUCUUGUUGGGGCAAGAGAGAGAUUUCUCGGGGAAGAAAGAUAGCUUCCUGGGGGAAAUGGCGGAUGUCAACAUAUGGCUACACGUCUUGAAACCCGAUGAGAUUCAUUCGGUUUGGAACAACGAGGAGGUCCCUAAUUCUGUGGUUAGCUGGAAGGCCCUGAAUUAUACCGUUCGGGGGGACGUCCUUGUGGAAGAGGCUUUGCACCAGGUCUCCUGA